UUUUUUUUUUUUGGGGUUUUUGGGUUUUGGGUUUUUGGAUAAUUGGGUUUGGAUAAUGGGCCAUUUGAGAUGGGUUGAGAAAUGGGCUGAAGUUCAAGGCUCUUGGAUAAUUAGUCCCGUUGGAAGUGAUAAUGAUGAUGAAGAAAGGCAAAUAGUUUAUGCUCAAGCUAGAUGUUUUAUAAAUUCAUUUGCAAAUGCUGAUGUUGACCAACAAGAGGCUGGUCCAUCAAGGAUAUCUAAACUGCCAGUGAAGAGGAGGAUGAUCAACACAGAGCAACUGCAGCAACCUAGUGGUGAUGCUGGUUCUACUUCAACCAGAAGACCCGAGAAAAAAAUGAAGGUGAAAACAGCAGAAGAGCUAGAAAAGGAGAAAGAAAAGGCAGCUAUGAGAGUAAAAAAAUAUAAGGAUAUUUCUGUCCCAGCUGGGCCACUCAAGGGACAUGUCUUGACCCCUACAAAACCAAAAAGAGGCGAUCCUGUUAGAAAUGUAAGGGAAUUGGUGGUAGAUGAUUUUGAUUAUAGUGAAACUAGUAGGGACACGGACUAUUAUGAUAGUGAUGACUUUGGACAGUUGAGGGCAUUUUCAUCAUCUGAGGAGGAGGAGAAUGUGUUUUAUGUUGCUGCUGAUCCACCAAGCAUGGGAGUUACAGACAUAUACUACAAUCCUAAUUGGGACGUUGCUUGGUUUGAGGUUGGUAUGAGAUUCAUAAAUCGUAUUCAGUUUAGGGAAGCAGUUAGGAAGUAUUCUAUAUCCAAAAGAUGUAAAUUGCUCACUAUUAAAAAUGAACCUAGAAGGCAGAGGUACAAGUGUGCUGGACAAUUUUGUGGGUGGGAACUAUUUGCUUCACCGGAUGCAAAAACAGAUUCCUUUCAGGUGAAAACUUAUCAUAGACAACAUAGGUGUAUCAGGACUAGUGACAUUCCCAUGCUCACACAGCUACAUGUUGCCAAGUAUUGGAGAGAAAGGGUAAGAGAUACACCUUUUAUCAAGGUGUCAGAUAUGAUGAAGACAACUUAUAGUGAGUUGAGAGUUAAUGCAAGCUUUGACAAAUGUGUGAGAGCAAAAAGGAUGAUUAUCAAGGAGUUGAGAGGCAAUUUCAAGGAUGAAUAUGGUUUGAUGGUUGGCUAUGCUUAUUAUUUGCUUUCUGUCAACCCCGGGAAUUCAGCUAAAAUAGCUGUGGAUAGAUCAAAUCCUACUAAACCUAAGUUCAAAAGGUUUUAUAUGUGUUUAAAAGUACUCAAGGAUGGCUGGAAAAGAGGAUGCAGACCAUAUGUUUGUGUUGAUGCAUGCUUUCUUAAAGGUGUUGGUAAGGGAGUACUAAUGUGUGCUGUUGGGAGGGAUGGAAAUGAACAAAUGUACCCUGUUGCAUGGGCUAUAGUAGGAGAGAGCACUAAUUCUUGGGAAUGGUUCUUUGAGGCUUUGAGAGAUGAUUUAGAGGUUGGUAAUGGUGAAAAUUUCACCAUUAUGUCAGAUCAGCACAAGGCAAUUAGUGCAGCUGCACAACAUGUAUUUCCGUCUGCGAAUCACCGGUGGUGUGCUAGACAUAUUUAUUACAACUUUGCAAAGAUAGACAGGGGUGAUGAUUGCAAAAUUCAGUGUGAUUCCAUUGACAACAAUAUGGGCGAGACAUUUAACUCAUGGAUUUUGCAAGCUAGGUGUAAGGCACCAAUAACCAUGUUGAAUACCAUUAUGGAUCAGUGCACUGUGAGGCUUAAAGAAAAACAUGAAAGUGUUGCAAAAUGGAAUGGGGAUAUUGCUCCAAGGAUUAGGGACAAAAUUGAGGCCAACCUAAAGCUUGCCUUUCAUUGUACACAAACUUGUAAUGGAGGCACACAAUGUAAGGUGAUUGAUGAAGUGACAACUUAUACUCAUGUGGUGGAUCUCAAAGAUAGAACAUGUACUUGUAGGGGGUGGCAAAUCUCAAGAAUUCCAUGUCCACAUUUAUUGUGCAGCUGCAAAUCUAAUGGCUGGAAUCUUGAAUACUUUAUUGAUGAUUAUUACAAGAAGGAAGCGUAUUUAGCAGCAUAUGGCACAUCAUUGGAGUGUAUAAGAGGUGAAGAAGCUAGGAAAAAAUACAACACUGAAGCUUUAUUGCCACUAGACAUGAAGUCAUUACCAGGAUGACCCAAGAAAAAUAGAAGAAAAGACAAACAUGAACCAAAAAAGCAUGCUGCUUAUCUUCAGUUUAGUACAGCUUCCAUAUAUAGCUGUAUAUAUGCUUACUUAUUUUUCGUUGGGUUGUUUUUGGAUUAACAGCAUGUAUUUUGCUUAGGUAAUAUAGGUAUAAUACCUUAUUAACUUUGCUAUGUAAUUAACCGUCAAAAUCAGUAGAAUGCAAAUUGGUUUACUGUUCAUUUUUAUCUGUUUAUUUGUCUCUUAUUUUAAGUGGUAAAUUCUUGUUUCUAUGAAUGAAUGGAAACAUGUUAUGUAAUUGAUUAACAAAAAUCAAUAGAAUGUAAACUGUUGUACUGUUCAUUUUGAUUUGUUUAUUUGUCUCCUGUUUUAAGUGGUAAAUUCUUGUUUCUAUGAAUGAAUGGAAACAUGCUAU